AAUUUUUAAUUCAAAUUUCAAUCUUCUACUUUUUGAUAUAGUAAUACAUACAACCAUAUAUCAUCAAUAAUGUCUACUAACGAAGUUUUUGGUGUUGCCCGUAUCUUUGCUUCCUUCAACGAUACUUUCGUCCACGUCACCGAUUUAUCCGGUAAGGAAACUAUUGCCAGAGUUACUGGUGGUAUGAAAGUUAAAGCUGAUAGAGAUGAAUCUUCUCCAUACGCUGCCAUGUUAGCUGCCCAAGAUGUUGCUCAAAAAUGUAAAGAAGUCGGUAUUACCGCUGUCCACAUCAAAUUAAGAGCUACUGGUGGUACUAAGACCAAGGCUCCAGGUCCAGGUGGUCAAUCUGCUUUAAGAGCUUUAGCCAGAUCUGGUUUAAGAAUUGGUAGAAUUGAAGAUGUUACUCCAGUUCCAUCUGAUUCCACCAGAAGAAAGGGUGGUAGAAGAGGUAGAAGAUUAUAAGAGUGUUCAACUUACCUAUACUAUACUAUACUAUACAACUUAUUGUCAUUUUUAAUUCAUAUAUAUAAUAUAACAUACCAUCACAACUUAAUAUGUUCAGAAUAAAAUAAGCAUUAUUAUAUCAGUUAGUCAGUUAAUCAUUCUUAUACAUCAUUUAUCCAUACUAUUCACAACCUAUGCCCCCCCUCCAAAAAUCAUUCAUUAUAUAAAUUCAUCAUAUAAUGUAUACUCAUUUAGAAGGUCAUGACUUCUAAAUUCCUUUUUCAACUUCUUUCAUUUUUAUGUAUUCUUUUAUAUGUAAAGGGAAAAAUGUACAUUUAUAAAGUAA